AUGAGAGAAGAGUUUACAGAAGAUUUGCAAGAAAUUAUUUUGAUGCAACUUGAUCUUAAGCAGGAAACACAACAAGAAUGUCAAGUUUGUGAGGCAAAGUCAUCUAAAUCAAGUUACAACAUUACAACAGAAUCUCCCCAAAAAAACAGUAAUUGUUUUAAUGUUCGCAACAAAGACAAGAAGACAUGGCAGACAUCAUUUUCUCCAACAAGUAAAAUUAGUAAAGCUACUUCCUCAUAUUCAAAUAUUAGCAUUGAAAUAAAUGCUGAAUCAAGAAAUGUAACGCUUGAGCAAUAUAAAUUAUUGUAUCGUGAUUCAUUUGGGUUAUUUAAUAGUCAGGAAGUGAAUGAAUGUGAUAAGGGUGGAUUUUUGUUUAUAGCCUUUUAG